AUGACCAAAGAAGAUUGGACGUUGGUAACCGACCGCAGCCAGAAGAAGAGGAUACAGAAUCGAGUUGCGCAACGCACAUACCGCAACCGGAUAAAACAAAGGGUAGAAGAACUUGAGAAAGAAGUCAGCGAAUACAGACGUCGUGAGCAGGAGGCGGAAGGGAACAAAGACGGCGACGCUAGCGGGAAUGGCAGCAAUGUUGCCAUCCAGAGCAAUGCCGGAGACAACCGCAGGAGCCCCGGGAGAGACAAGGACAGUUCAACUGGACCCAGCCAUUCCAACAGCACCUCGACCAGCAGAGACCAAAGUACCAGCAACAGCAGCGAUAAGAGCAACGACAAGGGUGGCAGCAGCAGCAGCAGUUACGUUUUGGAUAUGGAAAUGACGGAUGGGGAUGCGCGACCCAGUGACAUGGGAGCAAUGCUGCAGCCGGGAAGCUCGGCGAUACAGCCCCAAUGCUUGACGCAACAAGGCCACCCGCGAUCGCAGAUGCACCCGCAGGUUGCCUUUGCACCCUUUCCUGGCUUCGCCUCUCCGCCUUUGUCCCAACCAUACAGCCUUAGCCCGGACUGGGGCUGGUCGAAUGUCGCCAGUGGCAUGUAUCGGGAGACUUUGAACCAACAAGGCUUGACUGGUGAGCAGCUCCCGCGUGGACUACUACUGCAAGUGACUGAAGGGCUCGAAUAA